UCAGAGGAACAUUUACGAGUCCACCCCAUUAUCCACCGCUAUCAGCAAGCACUCAGGACCGCUCGUCCUACAGUCGCUGUCCUUCACUGAGUCGCAAAUCGCCGUGAGGCGCUGUGUCUGAGAGGAAGGGCGACACGGAGGGGAGGAAGAGAUGAAGAGACGGUACACUGAGGAAGAGGAGCCUGUUGUCAUCAACCCCUCAGGUCAACCACAAGGAUCUCCCUGACGACCGAGAACCUCCAUGUCUGUAAACAAACACGCCGUCUAAGCUGGAGCGGUAAAACACCAGAGAGACCUCUCCACUCUCAGCCACCACCUGAGGAACGAUGAAGCGCACGACCAUCUCAGCUAGCCCCAGGGGGCGUUGUGGAGAGUGUUUGUCCGUCAUGACGGGUCACUGUCACUGACAGAUGGGAUGAUUUAAGAGGCCCGAGGAGUGGGGCAGCAACAUUUUUCACUGGUAAGUCUUCUACGCAAGACAGUGUUGCCAGUAGGAUGCCGGCACCUCUACAAUUAGACAGAACUGACCAGAGAACCCUGGAGAACCCUGGAGAACCCUGAGCAUUGCUGAUGUAAACCUUGGAUGUUGAUGAGGCGACCGAAUCGAAAGAUAACAAAGUAAUAUGGAUGAUACAUUUUGCAUGACUCAUGAGCAAAAGCUCGGAUCCAGACCAAUGUGCAAUAGAGAUGCAUGUUCUUAUUAGUUAUGUACCCUGUUUGAAUCAACCGACUGAGCCAUCUGGUACCAAAACGAUGUUCAGGUGUCUACCUGCUUCCGAGCUGGCUGGGUUGCCCCCACGCGGAGCUCCCCUGGCAGCCAUGUCUGAGAUGGAGGAGUUGUCCCCCGUGCCCUCGCGGCGCACCCCCCGCCGGAACCCCCGUGUCCUGCGCCUGGACCCGGUUUCGCAACACCGCCGCGUCUUGGAGGACCAGGUGGAGCUGUGGUGGUUCCACAAGCCACGGCGCUCCAUGUUCUGCUACGGCCUGUCGGUGUGCCUCGUCCUGGGCCUGGGGAUUGCCGGCGUCGGACUCCUCUCCACCACCACCAGCCUGUCCAGCGAGUGGCGGCUGGGCGUGGGCACCAUGCUCUGCCUACUGGCCCUGGCGGUGCUGCUCAAGCAGCUCCUCAGCUCCGCCGUUCAGGACAUGAACUGCGUUCACAGCCGGAGAUGCGUGGAGCUGAUGAAGAGUGGCGGGCGGGCGGACCCGGUGAUCAUCCUCGCCACCGGGAUGGCGUUGGCGGUCUGCGGAGGCGUCUUGCUCUAUGUUUCACUGACCAACGGGCACCACGGGCCAGGCCAGCGCCAGAGGGACAUGUUCCUGGCUGGGUUGGCGCUACUUGGGGCCGGGAGCGCCACGGGCCUGGCGGUGGUCGGGUACUCACUGGCGCUGAGCCUCCAAGAGAGGAGAGAGCGAAGGAUGUUGAGGAGGAGGCGCGUGGGAGGGCGGGGGUUACGGAACAGGGCGGUUAUGGUGUUUACGGUCCCAGCGGUACAAAUGACCUACUCCUCCAGUAGGGUAAGCCUGAUCUGAGAGCUGACUCGGCUGGGUUCAUUCGGCACCAAACGGACGACGACAGACUGGUACAGUGGGAGUCUUAUCCAAUGAGAAGCAAUUUUUUCUGUUGCUCAUUGGAAAACAACAUAAAUGUGUUUUCUGCAACAAGAAACAAAACCAUUGCUCUCUAAUAUUAUCAGUAUUUCAAGAUUGAUUGAGCCUGGGACAAGAGCUACUCUGUGCACAUCAAAUAUCUGCUGGGACUAGGGGGACCUAGUAGAUGAAGACACUCGAGUGGCUGGGACAGGGAGGGAAGAAUGCGAGAAGUAUCAUCAGUCUCCCUGGCGAGUAAUGGAGCUGCCACUCCUACGGCGUCAUCUCGUCGACUAAUGCCCAUAUCAGACCGCGCAAACCGUGCCCACUGUGCCAUCCAGUGCCAGCCCGGCCGGGACCCCCAGUGAGACUGGCCAUUGUUUCUGUCAGAGGCCGUGCUAUAGCUCUGCCGUAUUAGAUCAGACCCCAGUAUGUGUGUGACGACGAUAGGAGCCGACGUCGUCAUAAACCCACUCACAGGGAGGAGAUCCCAGCAAGUCACACGACUCCAGUUUCUCUGUGCUGCUGGUAUUACAACCCAAAACACAUUUUACUUUUUUAAUUAACAGUCAUGUGGAAUUACAAGGCAAUAUACGAUUACGAUGUACAUUUCGUACAGCCUCAGUCGUAGCAGGACUUGUUCUGAGUUGUCCCUAUAUGGAACCUGUAAUAUAGAAUACGUUUUGUUUUUACAAUAUAAUUAAUAUAUAAUAUUAUAAUUAGUUAAUAUACUUUGUAUGAUUUAAGUGAAAUGUUGAGUAAAAGUGAGAAAGUGAGGAAAAGGUUUUUGAAAAUGAGAAGGUCCACAAGACUUCGCAGUUAGUAACAAUAAUGACGAAAAACUAAG